AUGAUGCCCGGUAGAUUAUGCUGGGCUACUAUUAAAAGAACACGAACGGAGAAGCCCAUCAUAUCGUUUAAAUAAUUGGAUUUUGAAAAGGCUAUGUUAUAUCAAGCAAUACCAUUCUUCCAAGUGCACCUGCAUCAUAUACAGAGUUCAACGCGAGCCAAUGAGAGGGACGUGCGUGCUUGCCACAGCACUCAAGACCGAGACGCGGCAUGAGCUCCAGCAACAAGCGCUGCAUAAAAACGUCAAAUCCUUCGAUAAAAGCGAAGCCGGCGAACGCAGAUAUCCUACAGGCAUAAUAGUUUAAUUGACAAAAUUACGACAAAAUCCAUUAUCUGUCUGUUUUCCACAGUGCUGAAAUGGGUAAUGCACAGGCUACACUGCAUGCUCUGCAGAUGUCGAGAGCACGUGCUGUCGAAACUGGAUACCAUACUAUUUGGAUAAAGAUUGCAUUCACAAAAGUAACUGAUCAUGCUAUGUUUCUUUUGCAUCUGAUAACAAGACACCUCGAGCUUUCUCCAUUUGAAUCCACACAAAAAUACCCAUAUACAGUACCAGUCAAAAGUUUGGACACACCUACUCAUUCCAGGGUUUUUCUUUAUUUGUACUAUUUUCUACAUUGUAGAAUAAUAGUGAAGACAUCAAAACUAUGAAAUAACAUAUAUGGAAUCAUGUAGUAACCAAAAAAGUGUUAAACAAAUCAAAAUAUAUUUUAUAUUUGAGAUUCUUCAAAGUAGCCACCCUUUGCCUUGAUGACAGCUUUGCAAACUCUUGGCAUUCUCUCAACCAGCAUCAUGAGGUAGUGACAUGGAAUGCAUUUCAAUUAACAGGUGUGCCUUGUUAAAAGUUAAUUUGAGGAAUUUAUUUCCUUCUUAAUGCGUUUGAGCCAAUCAGUUGUGUUGUGACAAGGUACGGGUUGGUAUACAGAAGAUAGCCCUAUUUGGUAAAAGACUAAGUCCAUAUUAUGGCAAGAACAGCUCAAAUAAGCAAAGAGAAAUUACAGUUCAUCAUUACUUUAAGACAUGAAGGUCAGUCAGUACGGAACAUUUCAAGAACUUUGAAAGUUUUUUCAAGUGCAGUCGCAAAAACCAUCAAGCGCUAUGAUGAAACUAGCUCUCAUGAGGACCGCCACAGGAAAGGAAGACCCAGAGUUACCUCUGCUGCAGAGGAUAAAUUAGAGUUAACUGCACCUCAGAUUGCAGCCCAAAUAAAUGCUUCACAGACUUCAAGUAACAGACACAUCUCAACAUCAACUGUUCAGAGGAGACGGUGUGAAUCAGGCCUUCGUGGUUGAAUUGCUGCAAAGAAACUACUACUAAAGGACACCAAUAAUAAGAAGAUACUUGCUUGGGCCAAGAAACACGAGCAAUGAACAUUAGACCGGUGGAAAUGUGUCCUUUGGUCUGGAGUCCAAAUUGGAGAUUUUUGGUUCCAACCGCCAUAUCUUUGUGAGACGCAGAGUAGGUUAACGGAUGAUCUCCGCAUGUGUAGUUCCCACCGUGAAACACGGAGGAGGAGGUGUGAUGGUGUGGGGGUGCUUUGCUGGUGACACUGUCUGUGAUUUAUUUAGCAUUCUGCAGUGAUACGCCAUCCCAUCUGGUUUGGGCUUAGUGGGACUAUCAUGUGUUUUUCAACAGGACAAUGACCCAACACACCUCCAGGCUGUGUAAGGGCUAUUUUACCAAGAAGGAGGGUGAUGGAGUGCUGCAUCAGAUGACCUGGCCUCCACAUCCCCCGACCUCAACCCAAUUGAGAUGGUUUGGGAUGAGUCGUACCGCAGAGUGAAGGAAAAGCAGCCAACAAGUGCUCAGUUUAUGUGGGAACUCUUUCAAGACUGUUGGAAAAGCAUUCCAGGUGAAGCUGGUUGAGAGAAUGCCAAGAGUGUGCAAAGCGGUCAUCAAGGCAAAGGGUGGCUAUUUGAAGAAUCUCAAAUAUAACAUAUAUUUUGAUUGUUUUAACACUUUCUUGGUUACUACAUCAUUCCAUAGUGUUAUUUCAUAGUUUUGAUGUCUUCACUAUUAUUCUAUAAUGUAGAAAAUAGUACAAAUAAAGAAAAACAAAAACAAUGGAAUGAGUAGGUGUGUCCAAGCUUUUGACUGGUACUGUAUAUAUAUUGUUGAAUUGUAAUGUUUUCCACCAAGUCCUCCAACUAGGGGAGAGGGGGGUAAGGGCAUAAUACAAUACAAACAAAUAUAUAUACACUGAGUGUACUAAACAUUGAGUUGCACCCCCUUUUGCCCUCAGAACAGCCUCAAUUGGUCAGGGGAUGGACUCUACAAGGUUUCGAAAGCAUUCCACAGGGAUGCUGGCCCAUGUUGAACUCCAAUGCUUCCCACACUUGUGUGAAGUUGGCUUGAUGUCCUUUGGGUGGUGGACCAUUGUUGAUACACACAGGAAACUGUUGAGCGUGAAAAACACAGCAGCGUUGCCGUUCUUGACACACUCAAAGGCACUUCAAUUGUAGAAAUUCAUAUACAAAUAUUGAAAGCAUUUAAUGAGAAAACUAAAAGGUGUGCAACAUGAAAAUAUUGUAUCAUUGACAUUGUGUAAUUUAUUGACAGCCUCUAUCACGAGCCGGCUUAAGCUAAUUGGCAAAAUUAUUUGGCUAACUCUUCCCACCUGCGAACACACAUGAGACACCCACAUAAAACCACACCCCGAAACCAACUCAUAUUUGAAUUCAGUCAUGGCCGCUAGCAUUUCUUAAUGAGCCAAAUCAGGAAGUGCAGUCGCCCUUUAAGGACUGUGUAUGUUUAUAAGUGUUCAUAAAGACUCCCUACCUAUUCCUCUGAGAAAAUAAAUAUUAAAAUACCCUUUAAAAUACACUUCCACUCAUAUAUGGUUUAGAAAUGCAUAUAAAAUGAUUUGGUCAAGAUUUUUUUUUGGGGGGGAGGGGGGAUACUGGAAAGGUAACAGUUGAUUUAGCGCUGCUAGUGCAUUUGAUAAUGGACAUAAAAUCAUCUCUAGGAGGUUUAAUUCCUAGACCUAAUAAAGACUACAGGUGGAAGUUGGGGUUGGGUUAUGCAUGCCAGGAUAUAAGGUUAUGUAAGUCAGGGUCACUUCUUAAUUGGAAAUCCAGCCACCAUUGGACUCAAAACUGUCUGGUUCUAGAAGUUCCGCCGUUCUCCACAGAGUAGAAGAAGAUUGCUUUUAGUUAUUGUGCCCCUAGUGCAUGGAAUGACCUGCAGGCCACUUUGAGGCUUGACUCUCUGGUCUUGAAUAGUCAGUUCGGGACUUUGAUGAGGAAUGUGGUGAAGGAGAACUGCACUUGUUUUGAUGUUUUGAUUUUUGUGUAAUUUUAUCUGUCUGUAAUUGAUAGUGUUGUAUUAAGACUGAUCAUGUUGAUUUAUUGUUCCCAGGUCACCCUUGUGAAUGAGACCCUUGUCUCAAUGGGUUUCCCCUGGUUAAAUUAAGGUAAAAACACAAAAAUGCCAAGGGGACACUUGUCAAACCUUCAUGUAUGGUACUGGCUCUUUUCUUUGAUCAGCUUGAAUUUGAUGUAUUUAUUGAGAACAAUAUAUUAAUAAUGGCACCAUAUGAGUCCCUUUUGUGACUUUCCAAAUCCAAAUCCCCUGCAGGGUUUAUUUGGGUUUAUUUUUUACACGCAUUUUCAUACCAGCACAGAAGGAAAUGGGCUUACAAAGAAACGGUGGCAAAAAAAAUGAAACCAGGCAUUUGUACCCAAUUCACAAGAUUUCCUUCAGCUCUGGGAGGAGAAACCCUUCCAGUCCAAUAUACAAUAUUGUAAUAUAUAUAAUACAAUACUAGUAAUAGAGAGGAUAUCACUCCCCAUAUUCAGUUUGUCAAUGACACGUGGGUUUUUCAUAAAUAUUUGAUUUGCAAGAUAGCAGUAGAUAUUUGUCUUGGUGUGGGAGCUAGGUGGAAACGUACAAGUAUGUUGUGAAAUAUGAAUAAACUCUCAAAACAAACGUGAGAAAAUGUGACCUUGGUGAUGUUAAAGAUUGGGUUUUCUGUUUAUAUUCUGACAGCACGUAAAGAUAAAACCCAACUCUAACUUGUAAGUGUGUCUUUGUGUCCUUUAACAAUAGAAAAUAGAGAUGUAUGAAUGGAGUGGUCUCCCUAGCUGUGCCACUAGAGAUCCUGGUUCGAAUCCAGGCUCUGUCAUAACCGGCCACGACCGGGAGACCCAUGGGGCGCACAAUUGACCCAGCGUCGUCUAGCGUAUGGUAGGGAAUGGCCGGCAGGGAUGUAGCUCAGUUGGUAGAGCAUGGCGUUUGCAACACCAGGGUUGUGGGUUCGAUUCCCACGGGGGGCCAGUAUGAAAAAAAAAUAGAAUAAUAAAAAAGAAUAGUGUAUGCACUCACUAACUGUAAGUCGCUCUGGAUAAGAGCGUCUGCUAAAUGACUAAAAUGUAAAAAUGAGUGUAUGGGACCAUAGAAUUAGAACGCAAGGAUCAUACAUAGAGUAGUAGAAUGAUGACAUCAGACCCGAGCCCAGCCCUGCCGCGCCCCCUCUACUCUCCAACCUGAAAUACUCUCCAUUGGUUUCAGAUCUUUACAGUGUCAAAUUGUUUAUCUUAGAAACACAUGUAUUCAUAUCAAGGUCAUUCAACAACACUGUUUUCACAAGGAUAUUUGCUUUGAAGUGAUUAAUGCUUGAUGCUGACUGUUUAAAGACCCACUCUUUUCCCAUUGAAAAACAAUAUUCCAAGUAUAAAUACAGUAAAGUACACACACUUAAAGGGCCAAUCAGCAGUUGAAACAAUAACAAAGCGUUUCUCCCCACCAUUGUUUCCAUACAAUGCUGAGGGAUGGGGCUGGAGAAAUAUAAUCACUUUCAAAUUCAUAGACAGCGAUAUGGAUGCAAGGACUGACCAGCCAUGAUAUCAAAAUGAUAGCUUUAACCAUGUUUUGAGGCUAUACAGUGUUUGUUUACAUUUACUUUGUUUACAAACAUUGGAAUAAAACAAGCUUAUAUUUUGUGUUCUGAUGAGGUACAACAGUUAAACUAAGCUCAUGAGGCAUUUAAAAUGGUGCCGCACAGCUUUCAGAAAACAGUUGCUUUCUAACUAGGUAUUUCAUGGCUAAUUGAGGUAAGACAGUAAUUAUGCUCAUAGAUUAUGCAUGAAUUAACUACUUAUUGACACAUCCAGCCCAAAGUGGGAGGUAAAAAAAAAUACUUACUAGUCGCCAAAGUGUCUUUAAGGAUAAGAAAAUAUGUUUUGAGCAAAAUAGUGUUUUUUAGACACAAUUGCGAAAUUCAAGGAGUUGGCAAUUCAAGAAGUUGGUCUGAUGGGUGCCCUCUGAUGACAUCAGCCCUCCCCCUUGCUUGCGGGGAAAAAAAGAGGAGCAAUAGAGGAAAAAACAGCAAAGGCCCAACCCCCCCCGCAUGUCAUGAGGAUACCUGGACCACCUAUUGAGAUUUGUUAAGUAAAUCAGAUGAUAAAUGAGGUGCUAGGGAAGCUGGAGUGGGUCUUUAACAUUGUAUUACAGUCAUAAAACAAACAGAUUGUGUAAUUGGAUUCUAUUUUAUGUACUGAGUAUACUACUGACCAUGUGGCUUCCUUAUGUUUCUCAUGUUGUUUCAGAUUGGUGCUACCAGUCCCAGCAUACCUGUGCCACCCCUUGUAAUGGUGAAUGAUGAACAAGAAAUCUCUCUUUCCAUACAACACACUGCACUGACUUGGAUCCUCUCUUAUCUUUGUGUCACCAUCACAAGUUCAAGUUGUUAAAGGAGUGACAGUUACAGCCACAAAUCCACUUCCUCUACACCCACCUAACCAUUCAUAUCUGUCCCUCCGUCCCUCGCCUCCCACUUAAACACUUACCCACUCAAAACAGUUUUACUCAGACAAACAUCAACUUGAACAUUCCUAGUCUGUGGCUUGCUGUCAUAGCUUGAUGAUGUACAGUAUUUUCUCUCCUCACCGUUCUACAGGACCAGAGAAGUGGGACCAUGCCAACAAAGACUGUGAAGGCAGAGCCCAAUCCCCCAUCAACAUCGUCCACAGGAAGACCCUACCAGAUGAGCGCCUUACGCCCUUCCAGUUCAGAAAAUACCAGGAUUCCUUCAGUGGCCUGAUCAAAAACAAUGGACACUCUGGUAUGUUUAAUUUAGGCCAGUCUAUAGAAAAGUUUGUGGUCAUACGCACAUCCUUAAAAGCAUAGGUGCUGGGUUAAUAAAGAAUACUAGUAAAGAGCAAGAAGGCCCUUCACACUGUUAAAGCUCCCAAUUCACUGCUUUAUUGACAACGUAAUUUAGGCCAGUACCACGAGAAAGUCUUUCCUCAUGCCUAUUGUACCUGGACUCAACAAUGCUUUUUUUAUAUGUCUCUGUGUGCAAGGGAGUUGAAGGUAGUUUCUGCUAGCAUGCUAGGUGCUCCUGUAAACUUCCAGUCAUUGUGCUAACGCUAGUUAGCAAUGGCUCCAGAAACUACCUUCAACUUCCUUCAAACUGCACACAGACACAUACAAAUGGUAUCCAUGAGUUCAUCUGACUCUGGAUAAGUAGAAAAAAGUGCUUAAUUGACAAAACCUCAAACUAUCCCUUUAAAUGGUGUCAAAAAUGUGAACAUUUAGAAAUAUGCUUUUUAACUAGAACAUUUUUAUUUCAAAGACAAAACAUGCUGUCAUUGACCCCAACCUCCCUCCAAAAGCAUGCAGUUUUCAAUCAAUAUCUAGGAAGUCUUCUAGUCCUUUGUUGUCUGAUUUCCCCCUUAAGUUCAGGUGAACGUGCCUCACCAACCCUAUGUGAUUGGUGGAGACCUGGAGUUACCCUAUAAGGUAGUGCAGUUCCACCUGCACUGGGGCAAGAACGGAGGACCAGGGUCGGAACACACUAUUGACGGAGAGCAGUACCCAAUGGAGGUAAUGUCAUGUACAGUGCAUUGACUUUUUUCACAUUUUGUUACGUUACAGCUUUUCUAAAAUUGAUUAAAUCGUUUUUUCCCCUCAUCAUCAAUCUACACACAAUACCCCAUAAUGAUAAAGCAAAAACAGGUUUUCAAAUUUAAAACAACAUUUAUAUAAUUUACAUAAGUAUUCAGACCCUUUACUCAGUACUUUGUUGAAGCACCUUAGGCAACGAUUACAGCAUCGAGUUUUCUUGGGUAUGACGCUACAAGCUUGGCACACCUGUAUUUGGGGAGUUUCUCCCAUUCUUCUAUGCAGAUCCUCUCAAGAUCUGUCAGGUUGGAUGGAGAGCACUGAUGCACAACUAUUUUCAGGUCUCUCCAGAGAUGUUCGAUCGGGUUCAAGUCCGGGCUCUGGCUGGGCCACUCAAGGACAUUCAGAAACUUGUCUCGAAGCUACUCCUGCGUUCUCUUGGCUGUGUGCUUAGGGUCUUUGUCCUGUUGGAAGGGGAACCUUCACCCCAGUCUGAGGUCCUAAGCACUCUGGAGCAGGUUUUCAUCAAGGAUCUCUCUGUACUUUGCUCCAGGACUCCAUUCAUCUUUCCCUCGAUCCUGACUAUUCUCCCAGUCCCUGCAGCUGAAAAACAUGCCCACAGCAUGAUGUUGCCACCACAAUUUUUCACCGUAGGGAUGGUGCCAGGCUUCCUCCAGACGUGACACUUGUCAUUCAGGCCAAAUAAUUCAAUCUUGAUUUCAUCAGACCAGAGAAUCUUGUUUCUCAUGGUCUGAGAGUCCUUUAGGUUCCUUUUGGCAAACUCCAAGCGGGCUGUCAUGUGCCUUUUACUGAGGAGUGGCUUCUGUCUGGCCACUCUACCAUAAAGGCCUGAUUGGUGGAGUGCUGCAGAGAUGGUUGUCCUUCUGGAAGGUUCUCCCAUCUCCACAGAGGAACUCUGGAGCUCUGUCAGAGUGACCAUCGGGUCCUUGGUCACCUCUCUGAACAAGGCCCUUCUCCCCCGAUUGUUCAGUUUGGCUGGGCGGCCAGCUCUAGGAAGAGUCUUGGUGGUUCCAAACUUCUUCCAUUUAAGAAUGAUGGAGGCCACUGUGUUCUUGGGGACCUUCAAUACUUCAGACAUGUUUUUGUACCCUUCCCCAGAUCUGUGCCUUGACACAAUCCUGUCUCUGAGCUCUACGGACAAUUCCUUCGACCUCAUGGCUUGGUUUUUGCUCUGACAUGCACUGUCAACUGUGGGACCUUAUAUAGACCGGUGUGUGCCUUUCCAAAUCAUGUCCAAUCAAUUGAAUUUACCACAGGUGGACUCCAAUCAAGUUGUAGAAACAACUCAAGGAUGAUCAAUGGAAACAGGAUGCACCUGAGCUCAAUUUCGAGUCUCAUAUGUAAAUAAGGUAUUUCUGUUUUUUAUUUGUAAUACAUUACAAAAAAUUGUACAAAUCUUUUUUUGAUUUGUCGUUAUGGAGUAUUGUGUGUAGAGUGAUGAGGAAUUUAUUUGUAUUUUAUCCAUUUUAGAAUAAGGCUGUAAUGUAACAAAAUGUGGAAAAAGUCAAGGGGUCUGAAUACUUUCCGAAUGCACCGUAGGAUGGCCACACGCACGCAAGCAUACACACACACACACACACACACACACACACACACACACACACACACACACACACACACACACACACACACACACACACACACACAUACAUACACACACACACACACACACACACACACACUGGUCAUAACAGCAGAACAACAUAAUCACUGGUCAUUACAGGCAUUUAAUUUUGUAAACAAGUUUUGAUUUAAAUGUUCUCAAGGUCAAUUAGACACAAUCAAAGAGUGAAAAUGUUUCUGCCAUUUCCGUCAUUGAUAACCAGUCCAAAACCAGAACCUGAGUGUUUAAAUUCUACUAUUGGGAAUGACUAAUGACAUUAUCUGUAACACAUUUCUAUUGAUACUAUGUUCUACAGCUGCAUAUUGUUCACAUGAAUCGGGAAUACUCAAAAUUGGAAGAUGCCCUGAAAGACCCAAUAGGAGUUGCAGUCCUUGGAUUUUUCUAUGAGGUUAACAUUUCAAUAUGUUUUUAAUAAUAUUUGCUAAACUCUUUGCCAUACCCAGUCAGUCUUUGAUGAUGACUAGACAUAUCCAUGGCAAGACUUGUAAUAAGAUGUGGAGGAUAAUGAUAUUAUAUUAUAUUACGCAUGCAUUAUAGGACCCUGCAAUAACCCUAAUGGAUAUCUACUGUAUUUGUCUUGUAUGUGAUUUAGAAUAUUAUGUAGAUAUAUGUAUGUUUAUAUAUUGAGAUGUAUGUAGAUAUAUACAGUGCCUUCGGAAUGUAUUCAGACCUCUUGACUUUUUCCACAUUAUGUUACAUUACAGCCUUAUUCUAAAAUCGAUUAAAUUAUUUUUUUCCCACUUUUUUCCAUUUUUGCAUUUUUACAUUUUAGUCAUUUAGCAGACGCUCUUAUCCAGAGCGACUUACAGUUAGUGAGUGCAUACAUUUUUUUGGCCAAACUGAACAAUCGGGGUAGAAGGGCCUUGUUCAGGGAGGUGACCAAGGAGUUCCAGAGUUCCUCUGUUGAGAUGGGAGAACCUUCCAGAAGGACAACCAUCUCUGCAGCACUACACCAAUCAGGCCUUUAUUGUAGAGUGGCCAGACGGAAGACACUCCUCAGUAAAAGGCACAUGACAGCCCGCUUGGAGUUUGGCAAAAUGCACCUAAAGACUCUCAGACCAUGAGAAACAAGAUUCUCUGGUCUGAUGAAACCAAGAUUGAACUCCUUGGCCUGAAUGCCAAGCGUCACGUCUGGAGGAAACCUGGCACCACCCCUAUGGUGAAGCAUGUUGGUGGCAGCAUCAUGCUGUGGGGAUGUUUUUCAGCGGCAGGGACAGGGAGAUUAGUCAGGAUUGAGCCAAAGAUGAAUGGAGCAAAGUACAGAGAGAUCCUUGAUGGAAACCUGCUCCAGAGCGCUCAGGGCCUCAGACUGGGGCGAAGGUUCCCCUUCCAACAGGACAACGACCCUAAGCACACAGCCAAGACAACGCAGGAGUGGCUUCGGGACAAGACUCUGAAUGUCCUUGAGUGUUCCAGCCAGAGCCCGGACUUGAACCCGAUCGAACAUCUCUGGAGAGAGCUGAAAAUAGUUGUGCAUCAGUGCUCUCCAUCCAACCUGACAGAGCUUGAGAGGAUCUGCAUAGAAGAAUGGGAGAAACUCCCCAAAUACAGGUGUGCCAAGCUUGUAGUGUCAUACCCAAGAAAACUUGAUGCUGUAAUCGUUGCCUAAGGUGCUUCAACAAAGUACUGAGUAAAGGGUCUGAAUACUUUAAUAAAUUAGAAAAAAAAUCGAACAAACUGUUUUUGCUUUGUCAUUAUCGGGUAUUGUGUGUAGAUUGAUGAAAAAAACAACAACAAUUUAAUCUAAUUUGGAAUAAAGCUGUAAAGUAACAAAAUGUGGAAAAGUAAAGGGGUCUGAAUACUUUCCGAAGGCACUGUAUGUACGUUUCAUGAUUCUUAUUUCGUAACGUUUUCAGGAAUCCCUCAGUGCCAACAGAAAAUAUGAUCCUGUUGUAAGAGCCCUGCAGCGCAUCACGACGACUGGUGAAUAAAUGUCAUAGCUAAUGCUUCCUCUAGCAACCGUAUGUGUUAUUCAGAUCCAUCUUGCUAACAAUAUGAUAUGUAUCAUAAAUUUGAUUUUCAAAAGUGCAUACAAAGCUACACUCACAGCUGAGACACUGAAAUUAGUAUCUGCUAAGAUUGAUGUAUCUUUGUGCAUGUAAUAAUUCUGUGUAUAUUAGUUCCUGUGUAGCAGAUACUGUUCAUCAUUACAUACAGUCGUUUUAUUUUAUUGAUAUGCAACGAUCAACAAGAAAGGCUGAGGUGAUUUGAUGUCUUCCCUAAUUUCUUCAACGCUUUCCUCUGUGUCUUGUCCUAUCAGCCUCCAAAUGCCAACAUUUUGAUGAAUACAUGCUACGAUGAAUGUAACUUUGUACAGUAUGUAACAUGUGUAUUGCAGAAACAAUUUGUCUCAAUUUGUUUCAAUGCUCUGUUUCUCCCAUGUUCGGUUUGUCUGCAGGUACCAGCGCCAAUGUUUUGCUAAGAUUAAUAUAACUUCUGUGUAGCAGAUACAAUUUGUUUCAAUGCUCAAUGUUUCUCAUUGUGCGCUGUGUUGUUUCAGGUGCCAAUACAACUUUGGCCUCAGUUUCUCUGGAACAGCUGAUUCCUCCCCAGCAGAACCUGACCAACUACUACCGCUACAAGGGCUCCCUCACCACCCCCGGCUGCACUGAGUCUGUGAUCUGGACUGUGUUCGAGAAGCCCAUCCCUCUCAGCAGAGACCAGGUAGAGCAGCCCGUUAACCCAACAUCUUGCUGGACAGUGGAGUAAAGUAACUAAGUAAAAAUACUUUGAAGUACAACUUAAGUUUUUUUUGGGUAUCUGUACUUUACUUGAGUGUUUAUAUUUUUGACAACUUUUACUCCACUACAUUCCUAAAGAAAAUGUGUACUUUUUACUCCCAUACAUUUUCCCUGGCACCCAAAAGUACUCGUUCCAUUUCGAAUGCUCAGGCAGGACAGCAAUAGGGUUCAGUUCAUGCACUUAUCAAUAUAACACAUUGUCAUCCCUACUGCCUCUGAUCUGGUGGACUCACUAAACACAAAUACUGUGUUUGUAAUUUAUGUUUGAGUGUGCCCCUGGCUAUCUGCAAAUAAAUAAAAACAAGACAAUUGUGCUGUCUGGUUUGAUUAAUAUAAGGCAUUUGACUUUUUCCACCACUGUACUUAACUACAUUUAAAACCAGAUACUUUUAGACUUUUACUCAAGUAAUAUUUUAUUGGGUGACGUUCACUUUUACUUGAGUCAUUUUCUAUUAAAGUAUCUUUACUUUUACUCAAGUAUGACAAAUGAAUACUUUUUCCACCAGUGUUAGUACAUUCUGAAACACUCCGGAAGCAGAGAGGUUAUGUGGUAGAGAGCCGAGGCAUUCUGUCUGUCUACUAAUACUUCUGUGAAGAGAGUCUGUCAGUCUGGCUUUGAGUAGUUGAACAAAACGCACCAGUAGAUACACUGUGUUCAUUUUAUAUGAUACUUAUUGUUACUUUUAGUACCAACUGCGUCUCAGUGACCUUUGUGUCUGUGUGUUCGUUCCAUCUUCCAGCUGCGGGUGUUCUCAGACCUCCAGUUUAAGGAUGGCAAGCCUAUGGUGGGUACAUUCCGGCCGGUGCAGCCUCUGAAUGGCCGCGUGGUGUACCGGUCGGGAGACGCCAUGGUGCUGGCUAGCACCGUAAUCCUCAUGGCCUCCGUCACCAUGGCGAUGGGACUGUCACAGCCCAACUAG